AUGGAUGUUACACCAGCAGUUAAACCUCAACGUUUAAGAAAUGAACGGAAGGCUCAAAAUAGUGGGGAAGGUACGCAAUAUGAAGAAACUGAAUGUGACAGUGAUGAUGAAGAAUUUUGCGGAUUUACUCCUGCUGAAGUGUAUGCUGACCAGCCUGCAACAAUGGAUGCUGGGUUACAGGAACAAUUUGAUGAUAAUCACAGUCAAGAUACCGAUGAACCAAUAGAAGAACCAGCAACUCAUACAGACACUGCCAAGACUGAAGACCCAACAGACAGGCCUUAAAAUAUUGUUCACAGGGCCAUCUGACAAAAUGUCCAAUGACUGUGAGUUUGGGUCGGACAUAUGUAUGAUGAUGUCCGAUGACCUUCAGUUCAGUUUUGCUCCGAAAUAAGUCUGAAUGACACAAAUUAAUAUCAGCACAAUGUAUUAAUUCAGUAACGGUAAAUGUUGUGAAAAUAUUAAAUAAUUUGUGUCAUUCAUACUGGUAGCCUGCUUGCCGCCUGGAAUUUCCAAGGGGUGAUAAUUCCAGUCUGCUAAACUGCAGGCAUAAUCGUGUUCUGUGACGUAUGACCACUUCAUGCAUAAUUAAAUAAAUUUCUGUACAUGUUAGCUCAAAAUUAUUUCCGGUCAUAAAUAUUCAUAUUCAUCUGUGUUCCAGGAAAAACCCAAGUUGUUUGCGUUCUCCAUCAAAGCAGAAAAUGCUUGACUUUUCAUUUGAAUGGUGGCUGCAACAAUAAGAAAACAGAGAAGUGCUCAUGGAUUCCUGCAGUUGGGAUGGCUGCGUCUGUUCUUCUCCGAAACAGAUCUCCCUACAUGAAUGCAGUGCAGUUAGUGUUGGGUAUAUUCUUAUACCAUUCAAACUGGGCAGUAAGUCUAUUCACUUUUUUUAUUUUCACCUACCAUACUGUAUACAGAUUGUAUGUUAGCCAGUGGAAGGGUUAAGCAGUGGCACUGCUAGUUCAAUAAUUGGGGGGGGGGGCAAAUAUUCAUGUUCACAGACUAUGAAAACAAUCAAUUUCAAAAGAAAUUAAUCAUGCAGAGCAUGAAGAUAUGAAUAUUCUCCCCCCCCCCAAUUAUCGAGCUGGUGGUGCCACUGAAGGGAAGGCACGGACAUUGAGAUUUUACUCUUGUGACUUGAUUUUGGUGGUAUUUUGACAAGGUACCAUGUUGCAAUGUGGCCAACAGUACACAGCCUAGUACGUUUCUAGUAAUUGUUCUGUAUUUAGUAUAUUUUCUUUUUUAAAGCCUGCUAUGUCCAGAUUUGCCCCAUUACUAUUGGUGACUUCACCAACACACCUUUACAAGAAAUUGGAAGAAUUUGGAAAGGGCUAUGAUAAAGCAGCGAAAGAAAUGGUCCAAACUGAUCGCAAAUGGUUUGCAGAGGUGAUUAAUAAGGAGCAAGGUUCUUCGCAAGAGGAAGUUUCAACAAGUACUACUCCUAAGCCAUCCCUGCGAUUCAAGCUUACUAUUGAUGUUGAUUACGAUCAGAACGUGCACUACACGACAGAAGAAAAUCAAAACGUUGAUAAACAUUAUGUCACAGUAAAUGCAACAACUAAUCGAGUUUCAGGAAAUCACUUAAGUACAAUGCCUCCAUUGGAUGGUAUUCUUAAGGUGGAAAAUGUAUUCCCAACUAUAUUGAACAGAAAGCUCAACGAGACAAUUAUAUCACCCUUGUUCAAAGGAUUCUGGUCGAGAAUAUUCCCUGUCUUGCUUUUGCCAAAGAUGUUGUCCAAAAACACAUCCCUCAUAAGUACAGUAAAGAGAUGGCAAAGUCAACAAAUUCAGUAAGUAUUUUUCUAUCAACCUAUUAAGCUGCAAGACUCUCUCCUUGUUGAGUAAAAUCGUCUGAUGUUAGGCAAUAUUAAUAUAUGUUAAUUAAUAUGUCUCUCACUAUGUAGCAAAUACUGUUCAAUAUAUUGCAUUAUAUUAGCCCUAUUCACAUUAGAGACAGACAAAUCGUCUCUCAAAAAUCGUCUUCACAGACGGACAAGUUCAGACGACUUGUUUGUCUAACAUUUUGUCCGACACGUUUUCACAUCUGAUGAUUGGUACGACUAAAAGACGAUUAUGAGACGCUUUGUUUGUCUAAACGACGUGUCUGUCUUCUAAUGUGAAAACGGCUAAUGUAUAUAACAAAAAAAGGUUAUAAUUGCAUGCUUUAAUUUACUGACAUUUUAAUUUUUAGACUUUCAAGGGAGUAACAUUUGAGAGUGAGAAUCAUGCUGAUGGAAUUCAGAAGAUUUUGAAGGAGCUCCACCAAUAUGUCCCUUACGCUGGAGAAGGAGAUGAACGAAAGUAUUGUAGCCAAGGAAUUGUCUGUGAUCAACUGACAGUUGAACAAGUUGUGAAUGCCCACAUGACUCUUAGCAACGGCUUCACCCCUGAAGAGAGAAUGGAUGGUUUGCAUUGUGGGAUUGCCGAUUGGCAUGCUGGAAACAAAGCCCUGAAUGUAAGUAUAUAAUAGCAUACAAAUAAUAUGGAUGUGCAUGGAAUUAUGAUUAGUGUCAAUUAUGUACUGAUAAUUCGAAAAUUUCAACAUGGCCUCCCCCCCUCCCCUGGGAAUUUAAACUUUUUGAAAUUUGACUUAUCAAAUUCUCCACCCCCUAUGCAACAAAUGUUUUCACAUGCCCCACUGCAACAAAAAAUUAAGCGUUCAAAUGCCCUACCUUCAUAAUAUUAUGAAAAUUAUGAAACAGUAAAUACAAAAAGUACAAUACCAUAAACCUCCGACUAUAAGCCCCCCAACCCUCAUACUAUGCAUCUAACAAUGGACAGACAACAGCAGAAUAUAUCAUCUGUUUGCUUUAUAUCAAUGUUAAGCCAUGGGCAUACUAGGAAACGUUAUGGAAACAUUUGUGAUUCUCAAUGUUCCCUUGAAUGUUUCCCUGUUUGCCGACCUGUGGAAACAUUGUUGCGAGUCAAAACAAAAUUUUCUUCCCGAGAAGCAAAAAUGUUUUCAAAUUCAGAAACAUGUGAUGUUUCCAUAUGUUUCUCACUAAUGUUUCCUAGUGUUAGCCCAAUCUUGGAAACAUGGUGAAACAUUGGCAAGAAACAAUGUUUCCGCGACAUUGUUUUCUAGUUUGCCCAGGUCUUCAUUGUUAAAAGACUGAAAAUAACAAAUUAUUAUAACUGAAUCUAUAAAAAUAUUCUUUUAGGAUUACUGUAUUCUAAUGUCUACAAAUUUUUCCUAACAGGUGCUAUUUUCCCAUUUGUACAACCCAGUGUCCGCAGCUGAUAAAUGCACCAUGUUUAGUGAUAGAAACCUUAUCAAUCGUCGCUCAGUUAAGGAUGUAGAUUCAGCGGUUAAUGCCAACCGCCGUUUCUUUACCCUGGAAAUCCAGUCACAUGUUGUUGCUGCUGGCAUGAUUGAAUUAGGAAUGGAAAGCAUAGAAGAAGAGCCAGAUACUUUGAACAAUGUAGAAACAUGGAAUAACAAAGAUAAGAAAGAGUAUUUGACAAAGUUAUCCACUUCCAUUGUUGAUAAGUACAUCCUUGAUAAAGUAAAGCACAAGAAAAUUGCUAAAGCAGUCAAACAGUUGGAAGAGAGAGAGCUUCGGGAUUCAAAGGAUAGAACACUUGACGGUCGGUACAAGUAUCGUUUUCCAGGUUGCAAGAAAACUUUCCAAUCUGAUGGAAAGUGGAGACAAAGUCACGAACAGUCUCAUAGUCCACCUGUCAGUAUACAAGAGCAACCACUUCUCACUGAAAUCCAUGAUGAUGUCGUUCAAGAUGACAUGUAUAAUUAUCAGAAAGCUCUCCUCAAUUAUGGUAUGGUCAUCCUAAAUUUCUUUGAUGCAAUUUCAGAAGGUGAUGGUACUAGAAUUAUUAGAAAUUGGAAAUUUCUUUUAUUGUAUCUGCAUCAUGACAAAGGUAGCUAUAAGUAUGCUUUGGAAGGCCUUUAUCUGCUCUUCCAGAUAAAUGCGCUUUUGAGUCCGAAAGCUGCCCAUCAACUUACUUGGAACAGAUUUUCCAAACGCAAGAAUACAAUGGGUGGCAACAUUCCUCUAGAUCUUGCCCUAGAAUUUAUCAACAGAGUUUUCAAGGACGUUGUGAAAAAGCUAGGUCCCAAUGCCAGCAAAAAGUCUAUCGCCCGAAUCUCCCAUGCAUUGGGGAUAACAAAGCAACUCACAGACAAUUUUGAUGAAUCAAUGUUGUUGUAUAAAAGAUCAGGGAAGCAUGUUCGCAAGUUGGAAAAGGCUGACAUGGAAAAGAAAAUCAGUGAACUUUUAUCACAGAAUGCGUUGACCAUAACACCUGGUAGAAGUUAUGGUUGCUUCUCGAAAGUUGAGCCAACUUUAUUAUCUGGCUUUAACUUGCAAAAAUACUUUAGGGAAAGUACAUUUAUUAUGCCGGGGGGGGGGGAUGAAGAUGUUAAGGGCGGGGGCUCCGAAAUAUUUUCUGGCAUUAAAGGGGGGCUCUGAAAGUUCUUGAUAUACUGAAGGGGGGGGGGGCUCUAAACUUUUCAAAGGUUUGACCCCAGGAAAUUAAAGUUAAAAUAUUUACAUUUUCAGGUAAAAUUUGCAUAAUAAGUAAUUAUUUUUGUGAAAUGAUAACCAUCAGUGGCGUAACUACUAUGGGCUCAGACUGGGAGAACCCGGGGCCCCCCAACCCCAAUGGGCCAAAUGGGGGCCCCCCAGGCUCAGGCUGUAGAGCAAAUACAUUGGCCAGAGCCUCUGAUAUGUUACAAUGUCGUUUUCUGACCAUCAGAAUUCUGUAAAAUCUCUCCCCAAAGUCCGAGAAAUGGCAUUUCAGAGAGUCUAGAUUAAAAAAUUUUCCGGAAAACUCGUGCAUAUACGGCGCUCAACUCGUGCAUUCAGCAUUUCUACUAUGGGGGGAGGGCCUUCGAAAAUUUUGAACCGGGGGCCCCCUGAUAUAACGUUACGCCACUGAUAACCAUUUUUGUAAAAUACAGUCAAUUUACAUGCAAUUUGUUUGCGAAAUUUGCUUUAGAAAACGCCAGAAAUUCAGUCCUAGAGCUUCAAAAAUGUAUAAAUUUUCUGGGGGAGGACACCCAGACCCCCUUUUCUCCCAAAACUUAGUAUGAGAGUUGAGAGUGCCAAUCAAUCACAAAAAGCUUUAUUAUAAUUAUUACACGUAUAAUCCUCUGACAUCCCCCCCCCCAAACGUCAGAUGCUUUGCUACGUCCCUGAUGGUUGUAUUCGAAACCGAUUUCAGUUUUAAGAUAUUCUUAGUCUGCUCUUCUAAAUGGAUACACGAAAUCACCUAUAGCCUAUUUAAAUUUUUUGGCGCCAGGUUUGUGAAGUAAUUUACGUGCCAAAAAGUAGCAGUUCCAAAAACAAAAAAGCAUAUAUGAUUUGCAAGAAUGAUAUGUUCUAUGUUUAUGGGAUAUUUCGUACAAACGGGAUGGAAAUUGAAGAAAUUGAAGCAUACUGGCACUUUUGCAGGCAUACAAAGACAUUUGCGACAGAUGCCAGGAGAUACGUUGGGUGGGGGCGACAUACUGUAAGGUUCCAGCACAUUACCCUGAUCCAGGAAAUCCUGGCCACUACAUGAACGUGUUCUAGACUCCAAAUACGCUGAAUGAUGGACAGCAACAACCUGUUGAUAAUUUCACCCCUAGAGCCAAUUUAAAAUGUUUUAAAGACGGUGCCAUUUCAUCUGGCGCUAGUGAGGUGAAAGAAGCAGCAGAUCGGUAGUUUUGUUGAGGAGAAGCACAUGCUUGAGUAUAUCAGACAUCUUGAGGAACUGCAAAUUGUAUCUAUGAUAAGAGAGAAUUCCGGAUUGUACUCCUUCGAUUCCGAAUUCUAGAGGGGGGCAUUGAAAAUUUAAAAAACUUGGAGGGGGGGGGGGCAUUGAAAUUUACCGAUAACCUCAACAGGGGCCCUGUAAAAAUAUGAGCUCAUUUCAAGACAUCUUCAUCCCCCUUCCUCGGUGUAAUAAAUGUACUUUCCCUUAUUGUUUGUCUCGCUGGCGAGUCUCAGUAAGUUUUACAAAGGACAUAGUUGAGACUACUGCGUACUAUUUAAAACAUGAGCAGCAGUGUUUUUAUAUCAGAUAUAAAGAUACGAGGCGAAGCCAAGUAUCUCAGUUGAAGUUUAAGUCUGAUAAACACGCAACUGCGGAUGUUUUAAAUUGCUUCAAAAACGAUCGAUCUAGUAAGUUCAUCGGCGAAGUAAUUUUCAAAAAAUAGUACGUUGUGUAAGUCGAGAAAAUCAAAGUUAAAGUUUAUGUAAAUCGAGGGUAAAAUCUCUAUCACAUAUAAAGAUACGACACUUAUAAUUUUUCUUUGUGUUAUCCUCAUGAAUUAUUUAUUAAUGAGUUUUUGAAGUACUAUAUUUAAAACACGCUGAGCAGGAGUGUUUUAUCAUACAUAAAACAUCUGAUAAAGCACGAACUGCAAGCAUUUUAAAUGGCUUAAAAAACAACCCAUCUAAAGAGUUCAUUGCCAUAUUGGCGAAGUAAUUUUAAGAAUCAACAAUGUCUAAGCCAAGAAAAUCAAAGCUAAAGUUUAUGCAAACAAACAUGAUUUUUAUCACAUAUAAAACCAUCGACACGGCAGUGAUUUCCUUUGUCUUUUCCUCAUGAAUUGAGUUUUUUAUAUAAUGUACUGACUGAACUGGCAUUAUUUCCUCAUCGGUUGACCCGGCACCAGCAAAAGCUGUAUAUUCACGAUAAUGCCUGGUAAAAUCCAUCUACAUAUAACAACAGAUGUUUUAUUUAUUGGCAGAUUAAAGAAGUUGCACCAAAAGCGUCUAGCUCUAACGCUACUCAGACAUUCUGGACCAAAGAUAUAAAGGUUAUAAUAUUCUUCAUUCACAAAUAUCUUGAUGUUGUUUGAAUGUUUACUCGUAUCCCCACCCCUCCUGAACAUUGUUGUCAGAAAUAUUUCCUAACAAAUCCUCGUUAUACAAGGUUAGUCAAGGUUAGUCAAGGUUAGUAACCGAUGAUGAUAGAGAAACAUAAACUUCGCAAUAUGAAAGGUGUUAACUUUAAAAAUGUCUAAAACUUUCAAUUGUUCGAAUAACGGGGCAGAAUGAGCGCGGUAUUCUGAAUUUGUCAUAACUCGUACUGCUCGUUUUUGAAGUAGUCAGAUCCGAUUAAUUCAAACUAGUUACAUAAGUCGAGGACCAAACUAUGUUACAAUAGCUAAUAUAAGAAUAAAUUAAGGUAUAAUAUAAUGAAAGUUUUGUCCUAGUAGACAAGACAAAACGUGAUCUAGAGAUAAUUCCAAUAGACUUAGAAAUUUUGUUGCAUACAUGAUCAAUGUGAUGUUUCCAGGAAAUAUUUUCAUUGAUAAAAAUACCUAAAAAUUUAACAACGUUAACUCUCUUAAGCGGCUUUGUAUCAAAUAAAAUUGGCAAGUUCAUCGAGAUUGAUUUUUGUUUUGGUCGGAAAAUAAUGUAGUUUGUUUUACUAAUAUUGACAGAAAGUUUGUUGGUUUUCAUCCAAAUAUUUAUUUUUUUUAGUUCAUCAUUCAUCGUAGAAAUUAAAUAACCUAGGUCCGUGUGGCUUAAGAAAAUGCUGGUAUCAUCUGCAAAAGGCAAACACUCUGCCAACUCCGUAGCAUUAGGGAGAUCAUUUAUAGAAAGUAGGAAAAUAAGGGGCCUAAUAUUGAACCCUGAGGAACCCCGCACUUAAUAAUCCGUUCGACGGAACGGGUCUCAUUGAACUGGACAAAUUGUUUCCUAUUAGAAAAAUAGCUUUUGAUCCAUUGCAAUGCAAUACCACGGAUACCAUACCAAUACCACGGAUACCAGCUUCCAAGUCUCUUUUAAAUUAUUUUUUGCUGACUCAAAUCGUUCGUCAUAGUAAUUACGUUUGGAAAUUCCGAUAAGAUGAUUUAGCUUAUUUAUAUAAAUCUUGUACUGAGAUUCUCGUACAGGAUUUGUCGAAUUAAGUAGUUUUCUAUAUAGUUUUUUCCUUCGACAACUAAAGUUUAUAAGUUUUUGCCGGUGAGACAGAAUAACCAGAGGACCCGGAAAAGCCAGAUAAGCACAGGAGAGAAUGAGUCAGAGAAUCAAUCAAACUCGCACGAGUUUUCAAGUAUGCCGCCAUAUUAAAACAUUUUUUUCUUGUAGGUAGCAAGAGAGGCUUACGAAACGGUCAAAGGUGAUCAGGCAACCAACUUUCUUAAAGAGUGGAAAGUGAGUGUAGUUAUACUAGUAAAAAUAUAACAUGCAUGUCAAAGGUACAUGUAAAAAUAUAACAUGUCAAAGGUCCACCCUUUAACACAACAUCCUUGCCUAUAGAAAGACCAAAAUAUUAAUCUUUUUUACCAUCUUUUUUUAGAAAGUUCAAGAGCGUUCAAAAGCAGGCUCACGAGAUUCCCUUCAAGAGAAUGAAGAGUUUUUAUAUAUAAUCGAGGUAAAACAAGCCGUUGCAAACAGCUGA